AUGCGCUCCCUCGCCGGGCUUGCGGCCACCGUGACGGCCGCCAGCGUCUACCUCUACGUGCUCUCCACUCACCUCCCGCCGGCGGAUGAGCACCUGCCGCCGUCCUCGCCCGGGGAGCCCGAGCCGGAACCCCACUACCACAAGCUGAGGUUCCCAUCGGAUCUGGACGAGCUUCGGGAGCUCGCCGAGAUGCUCAAGUUCUACAAGCAGGAGCACCACGGCUACGUUCUGCUGCUCUUCUGCAGCGCGUACCUCUAUAAGCAAUCCUUUGCCAUUCCCGGAUCCUCCUUCCUGAACAUGCUGGCCGGCGCCAUAUUUGGACCCUGGGAGGGCCUGGCGCUGGCGUGCCUGCUCACUACCACCGGCUCAACCUUCUGCUACCUGCUGUCGUCCACCUUUGGGAAGCAGCAUGUGGUUCGCAUCUUCCCGGAUAAGGUGGCGCUACUGCAGAGGAAGGUAGAGGAAAACCGCAGCAGCCUGUUCUUUUUCCUCCUCUUCCUGCGCUUCUUCCCCAUGACUCCUAACUGGUUCCUUAACAUCACCUGUCCUGUCCUCAACAUCCCCAUCUCCAUCUUCUUCUUCUCUGUAUUCAUCGGUUUGAUACCCUACAAUUUCAUCUGCGUGCGGACGGGCGCCAUCCUCUCAGAGAUCCACUCUCUGGAUGACAUCUUCUCAUGGGCCACGCUAGCCCAGCUGCUGGCCAUCGCGCUGGCGGCGCUGGUGCCCGGCGCACUUAUAAAACGCUACGGGCAAACUCACCUCAAGGUGAAGGACAUGGACGGUACGCGGGACGGAGAUCGGAAGAGGCAAUGACGGAUGAGGGAUGAGGGACUUUGAAUACUGGAGGGCUGCACUGGUGCACCUUACGCCACAAACCUUGAAGUCACUGUGAAAA